GCGCGGCUCAGUUGAGCUCAAGAUCUUGUUGUGGUCGAACCUCUUUUGCGCUCGUGUGCUUGCUUCCGUGUCCGUGUCGCCUGCUGUGGUUUUUGGUGAAUCGGUUUUUUUCCUCCUGCUGUGGUGUUGUGUUGUUUGCUUCGAUUGCUUCGGUGACCCAUCCCCCUCGCGGAGAGUAGGUGGUAGCGGGCGGUAAAGUGGAAAAAGCCCCGCAUGUUUGGGCGUUCGAGCACCGGAAUUCCACCGAAUCGGAAGCCAUCAUCCGUUUGCAACUGCUGCUGACCCGGCACUGACGGCUAGCUGAACCUCCCCGGUGAAAAAGUUUUCUUCUUGCCAACACGUUCAGUGUUUUCAAACUGUGAUCUCCGGUGCAAUUUUGUACGUGUGUGUAUCUACGUGUGUGAUGCAAUUCGAUUGCGAGCAAAACAAAGUCGACACUGAUUGAAGCAUAAUCGUGGUGUGGUGAUAUUCAGUAAACCCGAGUGUCGCAAGUGCCGAAAGUGGUUUGGACAAGUGUGAAAAUUAGUGAAAUUUCGAUUAGUGGAGUUUAACAAAAAAAGGUCUGCCUGAGGUAACUGGUUUUAUUGGUUAGAUAAUCGCAGCUUGAUCAAAUGUGCCAAUAUCCCCCUAACUGAGGCCGAUUAUGAAAAUGUGGAUGAUUAUGAAGCAGAUGACGACAGCAAGGCUGUCUGUUUGUGCAGCUGUGCUGCUGGCACUGACACUGAUGGUGGUCAAUCUUGGCCGGCCAGUCGAGGCCCACGUUGCUUUGACGUUUCCACCGGCGCGAAAGUAUGACCUGGAUUUUCUGGACAACUCACGCACCAAAGCACCGUGCGGAAUGCCGAAAGGUUCAACGAAAACGUCAUUCGUGGCCGGAAGCACUUUCAACGUAUCUUGGCAUCUUGCCUAUCCACACCGGGGUGGAUUCCGGCUUGAAGUAUUGGAUCAGAAGGAGAAACCGAUUCUCAAUCUGACACCCAGUGUGAAAGGGAAACAAUUUGUUCGGGAUGAUGUAACAGCGCAACAAUUCCAGGUGACCCUACCAAGAGACUUCACCUGUCCGGAUUGCUCGAUUCGGUUGACUCGUCAGGCGGACGAGUGGGGCGGAAACUAUCGGUUUUGGUCUUGUGCCGAUGUUGACAUCGUGCAGCGUAAGGAAUACCGGGAAAGCUGCUCCGGUCAUGGAAAGUUUAUCGCUCGGUGCAAAUGCGAGCGAAAAUACUACGGCAACCGGUGCGAGUACUGGGAUGAGUGCGUUAACAACCAGGACUGCGGUCUGCAGGGAACUUGCGUCGACUUGGGUGGAACGUCGUUACCCCGGAAGCAGUGCUACUGUCGGUUGGGCUGGUUCGGACCAGGCUGUAGCAAAAAAUCCCCUAUCAAGUCCACUGAUAUCGAUUACUCGCUGUACAAGCUGAAGAACCUGUCGCCAGAUUUGAACGUGUACUGGCGUGUGCUGAAGGAGCAGAGCGAAAUUGAAGUGGUUUUAAGAGUGAAUGGAACCUCUUGGGUGGGAUUGGGAUGGCGCCCAAGGCGCCUCACGGCCGAGUGCAAAAACUUCCCCCUAAUCGGAUCGGCAGCUGAUGUUGGAUCAGCGGUUCCCGAGCCUGGAGCAGAGCCCGAACCGGGUGCGGAACCAAAGGCUGAACCAGAACCAGGAGCAGAGCCAGAACCAGGAAGUGAACCAGAACCGGAAGUUACGGCUGAGCCGACUUCUCAUCCUGAGCCGGAGCCCGAGGGCUCAGCAGAACCAGAACCGAAGACGGAACCCGAGCCGGAGCCCAAAUCCGAACCAGAACCAGAGCCCGCUUCAGAACCAGAACCCGAAAGUACCUCGGAACCAGAAUCGUCGGCAGAAGGCAGUGCCGAACCGAAGGCGGAACCAAAGUCGAGGAAGAGCAAACGUGCCACUGGUGAUUCUCGCUCACCCGCUAGCGAACCCGAGCCGGAGUCUUCCCCCAAGGCAGAGCCCGAACCAAAGUCUGAACCGGCAUCGGAACCCGAACCCACCACCGCAAAACCGAAACCUGCCAACCCGUGGACUCCUCGGCACGAUUUCAAUCCGAUGGAUUGCACGGACAUUGUAAUCGGAACGGCCCGCGGUGAGAAUCAUCGAGUGUGGGAUUACUACACCCGGGACAGAUCAACGCCCCGGUUGGAUACCUUCUGGGGAGGCAAAUCCGAUCUGACAGCGACGGGUGGCUUCGAGGUUGAUGGGGUGACGACGGUUGUAUUUCGUCGGAAACUGCAAGCGGACGAACCAACGGAUCAUGCCUUUGUCGACGAUUUGAUGCACGUUAUCUGGGCUAAGGGCCAGGAACCGGGAGCGUACGUGCAUUCGCCACCGUCCGGAUUGGAGAAAGAUAUGCCCAGCGUGCAGGAUUUCUACAUGCGGGAUGAGCUCAAGUACCAUGGCCACCGAAUGCAGAGAGGCGUAACGCAAAUCAAUUUCCUAGAGGAAAAAAUGCUUGAACCGUUGAAGGCCGACAAUGGCACGAAAGGGGUAACAAUGGCCGACGGUGUUGUCAUACCAGCUGGACCCAGGGGUCACGAGCUGGAUAACGAAUGCCACGGUUUUUGGAAGUUCCCUCGUAAUUGUGAGCCGGAGAAACUAAACUGCGAGUACUUCGCCAGCUGGCAGGUGGUCGGUAAGGGCGACGCCGUAACUUUCCACAUUGAGACUAACAAUACGGGUUCGUGGACGGGAAUUGGCUUCAGCAAUGAUCAGAAAAUGUCCCAAACCGAUGCCGUUAUUGGAUGGGUCGACAAGACGGGCAGACCAUUCCUGAUGGACACUUGGAUCAAUGGAUACUCGGCACCGAAGCUGGACGAUCGGCAGGAUCUUUACAAUGCGUCCGGUAAAAUCAACAAUGGAUUAACCAUUCUUGACUUCAGUCGAAAACGGGACACUGGUGAUGAGAAUGACUUGGCCUUCACGGAGGAUCAAUGUUUGUACCUAAUGUUCCCGCUGAACGGAGGAAUCUUCAACCCGGUGAAUAAAAAGAUUCGCAAGCAUGAUUCAACGCCGGUGGUGACGGACACUCGCGUUUGCGUCAAGUCCUGCCCGGAACUGUUUGAGAAUUUAUUCAACGCCGCUUCUACGCCAGCUCCGGAGCGUUUGGCAUAUGGGGCAGCAAUCAAGCUGACUAAUUUGGCGUCUGCGUUCAAGAUACCCGAAUCCGGUACACCCGAGUACAAUGAUCUGGCCAAAUCGAUCACCGACACCUUCAACGGAAUGCUGAAGGGCGUGGGGGGUUUUUACAAGACCGAUGUGGUGAACUUUGAGAUGGAUCCGAGUGGAGUCGUGGUUAACAUGAAUAUUCUACUGAACAAGGACGGUAUAGAGAGCAAUCUAGUCGAUGAUCCAGCUAAGCUGGAACAAACCAUUCAACAUUUGAUACAAAACAAUCUGUCAUCCGGAAAAGUUGGUGCUUUGUCAGUUGAUCCCAGCUUCCUGGAAUUCACUGCUUUGGAGUACAAACAACCAAUCAACGAGGCGCCUUCGUUCUUUGAGAAAGCGGGAACCAGGCUCUACACCAUCUUGGGAUGCAUCGCAGCUCUGGUGUUCAUCGCUAUCGUACAAGCCAGUUGUACCAUCUACAAAACGCGAAAGACAAAACAAAUGAGGGAUCAACUGAUUCCAAACUCCGCCUGGAAGGACUAUUCAACGAACACGAACUACGCGUUCGAUAAUUUCGAAAGUGACAUGAAGAUACACCACAGCAAGCACCGCUCGGAUCGUGGCUACAGCAACGGAAACAGCCAGCAGACGACACUGCAGAUGUCGCAUUCGCCGAACAAGUCGCAGUACUACGAAAUCGAUCGGACCGAUGGUAUGCACCGGAACGGGGAUCACAGAAAUGGCUCCAUGCAGCCCCGCUCUGGUCACGACCCCCGCGGGCAGGACCGAUCGUCCUCUUCGUAUGCCGACCGGGCCUAUUCGCUACCACGACCGAUGCACCAGCAGCAGUCAUCGAUGCAGCGACCCAGUACCGAAUACUAUACCCACGAUCGGCGUGGCCAGAAGCGUCCGACCAGCCACCACAACCCGUCCGGCAACGGGGCCCACUACGCGACCAGCUCGAUAACCAACGGCAACGGAAUGCACUACCAGCAAGCUAGUCAGCCACCGCAGCAACAGCAGCAGCACCAGCACGGUUCCUCCGGUGGCCACAUGCCCACCGAAUCGUCCGAUCUGUACUUCACGCCCACCCAGAGAAAGUACUCCGGAGAGGUGGUGCGAGUUUUCGUCGAUUACAAUAAGGAUAAGAAAUAGUUUGACGGCUGUAUGACAGUAAGGGGAUCGGUCGGUUUGACAAACGCAGUAUGUCGUGAGUUUGUGAACGACGGGUGUGAAAAAGUGAAUGAAAGCGAAAAAAGGCAGAGUUUUAUUGUUUAUGGUACGGAUGUUCUUCCGAUUAAGUAAAUUUAUGCGAAUAGAAAACUUGUUUUACCAACCAUUUUAACUAGUGCUAUUUUUAAAAUCUUUCGUAUAAGUUUUAAUCUGCUGCCUGCUAUUAGAAAAGUGAUUUCUUUUUAUUUCGGUUAAACUAAUUAUGUGAAUAUAAUUGGAAGCCCAACAUUUUCCUAACCUUUUCGGUAAGUUAUAUGUGCCAGAGUUAAAAAAUCAGUAAAAAAAGAAUCAUUAAAUCAAGGUCUCCAAUUGUGCUCACGUUACGCAAUCGUUAACAAAUUAAAUAGGUACUCUCCUCACACCGUCAGGGAGCAAAAAAAGUCAUAUCUACAUGUAGCACACGAACGAUUAGAAAUGUAAUCGUAUCGUUGAUGUAAAUAUUAUCAGCUAACCGAUGAACCCUCUAGUGGCUCUAGUUUAAAACAUAACGGGUGCCACACAGGGUAGAAAUUCCAUCUGCAAAGCAGCCCCAUCCCACGCCGUCACCUUCGGAUUCGUGGCAGAGGUUUUCUUUUUGUUUUACUGUAUUGUUAUGUUAUUUUCUAAGUUUUAAAAUAAGCCAUUCUAAGCUGGUAUGAAAUCUGCAAUACAAUUUCCCGGUCUUUACUUUUUUAACAUAUAGUUAAGUCAGUCGUUUCAAUCGGAAAUCAUUAGUUAAAUGCAACAUAAUGCAACAUGAAUCUGGUAAUAAUACUCCCCAUCUUACAUUAGGAUCAAGCUAUAUGUCAAGUUGUCUCCAACACUUAGUGUAAAUGCGACAAUCUUGUAAAUACACAAAUCCACCCAAAAAAAAAAAAAAGAUGUACAGAUAGCAGUUUUGUUUUUGAAGUUUUGCAUAUAUAUUACUUUUAACCUUUGUAUCAUCAAUCAAUGGCAAGUUAACCUUCUUUAAACAGUUGCUACUGAAGGUUAUUUUUUUUUUAAUAUAUGAUUACUAUACCAAUUAAGCGUACGAAUUGUAACAGAAACAUUUGUAAACAUUUACCAUUUAAAUUUCAACAUAUAGAUAUGAAUAA